GUUCGGCUGCAGCCAUGAGCCGGAGGAGGGUUUCGGUGAAGGAUCUGGGCGUGGUGGACUGUCAGGGAUGGUUGCUGCGCAGGAAGGAGGGACGCAGCUUCCUGGGGAGCAAAUGGAAGAGAUACUGGUUUGUCCUGAAGAAGUGUUCUCUGUACUGGUACACCAACAAGACGGCUGAGAAAGCUGAAGGAUUCAUCAACCUGUCCGGCUUCACCAUCCAACAGGCCAAACAGUGCAGGAAGAAACAUGCCAUAACAGCCAGUCAUCCUCUGGUUGUGAACAUAUUUAUUGCUGCAGAGAGCUUCACAGAGAUGAACAAGUGGCUUAGCAAACUGUCAGAAGCAGCCGAGCCAUGUGAACUGAUCAACAGUGAAGAGUGCUACAGUGAGGGCAGCGAUCAGGAUGUUGAAGACUGUUCUGUGGACUCUGAGCUGGAUGCAGCAGUUUCUGAAAAUGGGGACCAUCUUCAGCCUCCCUGUGAGUCUUUAUCCUGCACCUCAGUCCUAUCUGCCACACCUCCUGCUGAACACAGAUGUAGAAGCACCUCAACGGGUGGCACUUUAAGCAGAAACAGAGGAAGACAACCAGUAAAGGAUAACAGUGAGCGUCUCUCCUGGCUGGACCUCCCCAGGCAGGCCAAAGCUAGCGGUGCACUGUCCGUCCCUCUGCUCCAUGUUAAAGAAGAACAUGAGAAGCCGCCUGAUGAGAUGAAGCGUCUCUACAACCACCUGAAAGCAGCCAGCUUGUCUCCUAUGGGACAGUCCUAUCAGAGGGACUUCAGAGCCUCGUUUAUCCGACGAUGUCAGAACGACAGAGUCAACGAAAAGCUUCACCUGCUGCGAAUCCUCAGCAGCACAUUAAAGGCUAAAGAGUCAGAGCUGCUGGCGGUGGAGCAGAUCCUCAGUGACCCGGCCCUCACGGCGCCCACAUACAGGAAGUGGAGAGUCUCCAACGUGGUGCUGCUGCAGGACAUCAGUGGACGCAAAAGCAGGCAGCAGGAGGAGGUUCAGAGUUCGGAGAUGAGAACAGAGUGUGAGCAGAGAGCCAGCUCACAUCAGAGAGGACACAUCUGGCAAAGACCUUUUUACCCUGGUGUGGUCAGUUUUAGAAAGUCUGUCCAUGAAGACCUACAAUACAGCCCAGUUCCUCGUGUUGGCCAGCAGCCAGGUUCAUGUGUUGGAUCAAUAUAGCGAGUGUUUAAACUGAUACUACUCUAUAGAUGCUACUGGACCAGUUCUAAGUUCUACUGGAGUGGUUAACAAAUGUCAAAUAAAGACCAAACACCAGCUCACUGUCAUUUGAAACACUGUAAUAUUCAAUAAAACAUAACAUUAAUAACAAAGCAUAACAAAAAACAUAUCCAUUUAAUUAAACUCAAACGCAGUUCAAUUCAAAGUGUUUCCAAUUCAGUCCACUUAAGAAAAAUAUAAACCCUUGAAGUCCAGUUCAAGAGUGUCUCCAGACCAAAAUGCAAAUAUAAUCGAAUGGUCGCAUCUAAUACUUGUGGGAAGUGUGGACAGUUUCACACACAAGAGACUGGCCAUAGUCAGUGUCAGGGCAAAAUAUAUUGCCCAAACACUCAGACUAUCAGCAAGGAACAGUGGCUGAACAUAAUGAGGCAGAAGACAAAGCCACUGAACCUGUAAUCAUUAUGUUGUUGGUUUCCUCUGAGGAUUGUUGUUGUUUAGGAACGGAAGACAACUUCAGGAUUUGUAAAGGUAAAGUUAGGUAAACCUUCACAAAUCCUGACGUUUUCUUCCUUUAUUUUCUUAAUAUUGUGUAUAAUGUAUAUGUUAAUGUUUCUUUGACUGCUGGCAGUUUUAAUUACCACAAUGUGCAAUUAUUGUAUCUUCACUAUAAAUUUUUGUGACCUUGCUUAUUUCUUUAUUUAUUCCACUGCAAAAUACUGUAAAAUAUCUUCAGUUACAUGAAAUAGUUUGCUGUGCCAUUGUAACAGCUAUGAGAAGUGUAGAAUUUUACUGACAUCUAAUUUCAAAUGCAUAAAGCAGCAUACAAAAAUAUACUGGUGUGCUGUGUCUCUUCUGUGUUGGAGCUCUAAUGGCAUUAAAUGUCAUAAUGCCAGCAAAGAAAUAAAUCUGACUACAGCAUACUGAUAGCACGUGG